UCUGAGAGGGGUUUUAGCCGUUACAAUUACGCAAAGUCGCGAACCGCGUACGGCGUAUGAUUUACAUGAAAUUCCCAAAUCUACCCCCCACCGAUCAAAACGCUCAAAUUACGGUCACAGAUUUUCUUUCCUUUGAUAAUCAGUUCUGAGCUCCAAACGCCUCUAUUUAAGGCGCGCGGCCUCAUUCUGAACCGUGUCUCCCCCUCAGAUCUCUCUUGUUCGGCCGCUCUCGAUAGUAUAUUCAAAAACAAUUUAGUUGGUGCUCAUGGGAACUGCUGUUGAAGCUGCAAACAAGGAGGCUAAUGGAAGCAUAGCUGAAAAGAAGCCUACAGUGGUUUUUGUCUUAGGUGGCCCAGGCAGUGGAAAGGGUACCCAAUGUGCAAAUAUUGUUCAACACUUUGGUUAUACCCAUCUCAGUGCUGGUGAUCUUCUCCGGGCAGAAAUCAAAUCUGGUUCUGAAAAUGGUACCAUGAUUCAGAACAUGAUUAAAGAAGGAAAGAUUGUUCCAUCAGAGGUAACCAUUAAGCUUCUCCAACGAGCAAUCGAGGAAUGUGGUAAUGACAAGUUUCUUAUUGAUGGUUUUCCUCGCAAUGAGGAAAAUCGAGCGGCAUUUGAGGAUGUCACAAAAAUCGAGCCAGCUUUUGUCUUGUUUUUUGAUUGUUCAGAAGAAGAGAUGGAGAGGCGGCUUUUGAGUAGGAACCAGGGAAGGGAAGAUGAUAACAUUGAAACAAUUAGGAAGCGGUUUAAGGUUUUCUUGGAGUCUAGUCUCCCUGUGAUUGAGCAUUAUGAUUCGAGGGGAAAGGUUCGAAAGAUUGAUGCUGCAAGGCCUAUUGAAGAGGUUUUUGAGUCUGUUAAAGCUGUUUUCACCUCUAAAAAUGAGAAGGCUGACUGAGUACUGCAUAUCUACCUGAAAUUUCAGACAUUAUAUCUAUUGAGGUUAUGGAUUGUUGGCUGCGUAUGAUUGUAUUCUAUUAGGGAUGUUAUUGCCUCCCAUUAAUUCCUUAUUACAGAAGAUUGUAGUACCUCUAUAUCUUUACUAUUGUGAUUGUAUUUUUAAUAUCAUUAUUAAUAAUAUGGUAACAGCAAUAAGGCUCCUUUAUCGAU